AUGGACUUGUCUCUCAACCAGUCUUCAUUCUGCUUUGCCUGCAUUUCAACUCUACGUCCCUCACCCACGUUAGAGCCUCCUCAGGGAGCUCACAGACGCAACUCACCCAUGAGCCACCUUGACAAAACACCCGAAGGCUGCCUCUCUGCAUUCUUCGCAAGAUUCUCCGUCAUGAUUAAGAAAGACCAAAUCCGCAAUCAGCUCAGGUCCUGCGCCGAACAAAUGCAAGAGCUUCUUGAUCAACUGAACCCUACCCACAAGAUCUCCCGAUCCCUCAAGACCAGCAUCACUCAAAUCCAGCGCUUCAACGAGAUCGAUCGGGCUGGCUUCAGUCGCCGAGUAGAGCUCGCGAGUCUUUUCGACAGACGGGUUGACCGCAACCCGGAUAUUCCGAUUCUUAUCGUCGAUACCGAACAUAUCUGCGAGGAAGGUCUGCCUGAAAUGAAGAAGAAAUACGACGCUCACAAUACCGUCGACGAACUGCAUGAUCCGGCGACAAAGUGGACGGUCGUAGGAAAGCGAAGGUAUAAUAACGAUGACGAGCUGAUUCAGCCUGACAACGAACGUGAAGAGUUUCUAUCUGGAAUGGAGAGGAAACCCCGAAUUCACAAUAUCAUCGGCAAGAUGCAUAAUCCAGCAACAAAGUGGAAGGUCGUAAGAAAGCGAAAGAAUGACAACUAUGACGGCGACGACGAGUUGAACCAACCUGAUAUAAAGCGCCCCAAGCGUUCUAAAUAA